AUGCGAUAUGAUGAUGAUGAUGGUGAUGAGUAUGAUGAGCAUGAUGAAGAGUGGAACACGAGGAGAGCGCUGGAUGCUGAGGGAGAAACACGAACCUCAGUCAGACGGCAAGAAUUCCACCCCCAAAGCAGAACUAGUGACGCCAGAGGAAUUGGGCGGACGAGGCUACUACACGACGAUCGUCGCACAGGGCCGGAGACGUCGUCUCAGGUAGGUCGUCCGCCCCCGGCAGUACGACCCGUCGCCCGGGCAGUACGACACGUCGCCCCCGGCAGUACGACCCGUCGCCCCGGCAGUACGACCCGUCGCCCCGGGCAGUACAACACGUCGCCCCCGGCAGUACAACACGUCGCCCCCGGCAGUACGACCCGUCGCCCCGGCAGUACGACCCGUCGCCCCGGGCAGUACAACACGUCGCCCCCGGCAGUACAACACGUCGCCCCGGGCAGUACGACCCGUCGCCCCGGGCAGUACGACCCGUCGCCCCGGGCAGUACGACCCGUCGCCCCGGGCAGUACGACCCGUCGCCCCGGGCAGUACGACCCGUCGCCCCGGGCAGUACGACCCGUCGCCCCGCGGGACGUCAUCUGGCCGACAUAG